AUGUCUCAAUCACCAAUUUAUAAACCACGUAAUACUAAAUGGCAAAAAAAAUCAUUAAUUACAUAUGAUUGUCCUAUUUGUGUAACAACAAAUACACGUCAACUUCUUGAAUUACCAUGUGGUCAUAAUUUAUGUUUAUCAUGUCUUCACAUGAUAUGUGCUCAUUCAACAUUAGCUUGUCCAUUUUGUCGUUGUCGUCUUUCAACAUGGCUUCGUCGUAAUCCUGAUUAUUCGAAAUUAGUCAUUAAACGACAAUCAACAACAACAAAAACAAAAACUAAAAAGAAAAAUAUUGUUAAACAACAACAACAACCACAGCAACAGCCACAACAACAACAACAGCAACAGCCACAACAACAACAACAAUCACAGCAACAGCCACAACAACAACAACAGCAACAGCCACAACAACAACAACAACAACAGCCACAACAACAACAACAACCAAAUCGUAAUUAUCCAACAUCAAAAAUUAAACCAACUUUCGAUGAACAAGGUAAUAUAUCUGAUGAUUGGUUAUUAGCUCAAAAAAUUCAUUAUGAACAACUUGAAGAAUUUCGAUAUACUUAUGGUCGAAUAACUCGAUCAAUGGCAAAAAAGAUGAAGACAUGA